AAUGGGCGGUGGCCUCGGCGGCGCGUCCCGGCCAAUGGGCGGGGCGGCCCCGCCCCCGCGACGUUACAUAACCGGGGCAGGGCGGCGCGUGCGGACCCACGUGGGGGCGGGGCGCCCAAGUGACGUCACCGCCCGCUCGUGGGAACGGGGCGCGGCUUCCCGAGACAGGGGGCGGAGCCUUGGAUAGGGGGCGGAGCUUCCCCGGGAGCGCGUGCAGGGGUUUCCCCGGAGCCCCCCCCCCGCCCAUGGCCCCCCCCAUCCCCACCUCCCCCAUCCUCACAACCCCCAAAACCUCCCGAGGCCAAGAGCCCCCAGCCCAGGUUCCCCCAUGAGGCUCAAAGUCAUCCCCCAGACCCCCAAACCCCCACCCCACGACCCUCCACGAGGCCCAGGGCGCCCCCCGAGGCCCCAAACCCACAGACCCCCCCCGAGCCCCCCAGCCCCAGAAACCCCCCACUCCAAAAGCCCGGAGUUCGCAGCCCCACAGGACCCCCAAGCCCCCACGGUCUCAUCUCCCCCCUCCUCACGCCCCGGGCAUGGCCACUCCAGCCCUCCCCGUCCCCCCGGGGGGGCCCGUCCCCCAGGGUGGGUAUUUAGGGCCGGGCUGGCAGCACCCGGCCCCCCGUGCCCCCCGCCAUGCUGAAUGUGCUGCUGCUGCUGGGGGGCCUGGCCCCCGCCCUGCCCGCCGGUCCCCACUGGGAAUAUGAGGGCCCCCACGGGCAGCAGCACUGGCCCGAGGGGCACCCGGCGUGUGGGGGCCGGGCACAGUCGCCCAUCGACAUCGCCACGGGACGGGCACGGCUGGACCCGGCGCUGCCGCCGCUGCAGCCCCAGGGCUACGACCACCCCGAGACCCCCCGGUUCACCCUCGCCAACAACGGCCACACCGCCGUGCUGGCCCUGCCGCCCUCCCUGCAGCUCCAGGGGCUCCCCGGGGCCUUCGCUGCCGCCCAGCUCCACUUCCACUGGGGCCGGCCCGGCCACGCCGCCGGCGCUGAGCACCUGCUGGAUGGGCACCGGGCACCUGCCGAGAUGCACGUGGUGCACUUCGACGCGGAGCGUUUCUCCGACGCGGGCGAGGCUCAGCACCACGCGGGCGGGCUGGCCGUGCUCGGCGUCCUGCUGGAGGUGGGCGCCGACCCCCACCCCGCCUACGACAACAUCCUGAGGCACCUCGGGAGCAUCCGCUACGCAGGACAGUCGACGUCCAUCCCCUCCUUCAACGUCCAGAACCUGCUGCCCCAGCGCCUCGACCGCUACUACCGGUACAACGGGUCCCUGACCACCCCCCCCUGCUUCCAGAGCGUCCUCUGGACCCUCUUCCCGGAGCCUGUCCACAUCAGCCGGGACCAGCUGGAGCAGCUCCAGGGAAGCCUUUACUCCACGGAGGAGGCCGAGGCAGAGCCGCAGCUCCUGGUGGACAAUUUCCGGGCCCCGCAGGAGCUGAACCAGCGGCCGGUGCUCGUGUCCUUCCCCAGGGAGCCCGAGGGAUAUUCCACAGGUGAAGUCAUCGCCAUCAUCUUCGGCGCCGUCGCCGGCUGCGUCGGCCUCUUCCUCGCCGUGCACUUCGGGGCCAAGCGGAUGCGCUCGAGGCGGGCGCAGGCACAGGACGUCGUGUUCAAGGCCUCCUCCCGCCGCUCCCCCGGGGACAGCGGCAUCUCCCGCUGACCCCCCCACGAGGACCCCCCUGAGAGACCCCUCACCACCCCCCAGCCCCCCUAAGGACCCGGCGGGGGUCUCAAAUAAAGCCCCUU